CUAAUGAAAGUGUGAUACAUCGCUUAUUCAGGGUGUGUUCCAUUUGGCUCUCAUAAUUCUCGCGAACAUUAUGAAAUUUGCCUUGUUUAACAUUUAAUAAACAAUAAGGAUGAACUAAUUUUAUGAACGUUGCGAGGGUUGCGAGCGUCGAACGUCAGCAUGGAAAGGCAUCUUUAGUAUGCUGAUUGCGCAUGCCUAAUACCGCAAUCGCAUCAGGAACGAUCCAAUAUGGCGGCAGUCGGCUAACAGAGGGAGUGAUCGUGUAUUUAAUUUGGUGAACGAAAUUUAGACGUUUCGAUGUUAUCUUAUAGAUUAAAAUUGUGGAGGUUAUAUAACAAACUGCCAGGAAAAGCACUCGGAGAGUACCGAUUACUGCCGUUAUUCUUCAUCCUCGGGGCUGCUUUGGAAUACUCCAUGAUCCACUGGCAAAUUGGAGAGGUUAACUUCUACAAAGUGUAUAAACGUCGAAGGGUAGAGGAAUUGGUGGAACAAAGACUAAGGCUUGAACAGGCCUGAAAAGAAAAUUUUCGCACCAACUUCCUAUUGAGAUAUCACACAAUGACGUCUCUGUCACGAUACAUCGUAUUCUAUGCAGCAG